GACCUACAGAGGAAAAUUGCAAUUAAUUUUCAGCUCAAUCAGCUGUUGUAAUCAAACGUUGUAUUUGAUGUCAUUCAUUGUUCAGGUUGUUCUUUUCUUAUAGCUGCAUCGUGGUAACAUUUGUAACCUGGGUUACCCAUUUUUCCUCAUCUCUUCUAUCUGUGAGCGCGUAUAACGAUGUCACAUGUUUGAGGGCAGGACUAGAAGCAGACUCUCAUACUGAGACACUAUAAAAAGAAAGCAGUCAGACAUGCAACACAAUUACAAACAAGCCGCUUGCAGAGGGAAAAACAUGGACAGCACAUAUGCUCUGCUAGAUGAUGAAGAAGAGGAAGAACCCAAGUUCCGGAUAGUCCUCGUUGGGAAAACUGGAGUUGGGAAGAGCGCAACAGGAAACACCAUCUUAGGAACAAGAACUUUUAUAUCCACAACAUCUCCUUCCACAGUAACGUUAGAGUGUCGAAAGGAAACGGGAGAAUUUGGUGGUCACGCGCUGGCUGUCAUUGAUACUCCGGGUCUGUUCGACACCAGCAAAACUGAAAAGGAGGUGAAAAGAGAGAUCGCUAGAUCAAUCUCAUUUGUUGCUCCUGGUCCUCAUGUGUUCCUGGUUGUGCUCCAGGCUGGCAGAUUCACAAAAGAAGAACAAGAAACAGUGAAAAUCCUUCAGAAGGUGUUUGGAGAAACAGCAGCACAGUACACUAUGGCCUUGUUCACACAUGGAGACAACCUGGAGGCCGACGACAUGAACAUAGAAACAUUUAUCCAUAAAAGUAAAGCUCUCAAUGACUUCCUCGAUCAGUGUCAGAGAAGAUAUCAUGUUUUUAACAACAGAAAGAAAGAUCCCACUCAGGUCAGAGAGCUGUUGGAGAAGAUCAACACAAUGGUUCAGAGAAACGGAGGAAGCUGCUACACCAAUGAAAAAUUCCUGGAGGCAGAGAAAGCCAUAAAAGAGGAGAUGGGCCGACUUCUGAGGGAAAAUCCAGGCAUGACAUCCCAGGAAGCACGGAGACUGGCAGAGAAAGACAACUGGUUCAUCCAGGCCGUUGUGGCUGCUGCUGGAGCAAUUCCUGGUAUUGGUCUGGGAGCUGGUGUUGGACUUGCUGUUGAAGUUGCUAUUGGAGCAGGUGUUGGAGCUGUAGGAGGCCCAAUUGGAGCUGCAGUGGGAGCUGUAGUGGGAGCUGUAGCUGGAGCUACAGUUGUGGCCGUGAAAAGCGGUGCGUGUCCUAUACAGUGAAAUUCAUUUAGCUGUGACUCAUUAAAGUCAGCUUAACAUGAAGAUCAACAGUGAGGUUAUUAUCAUAUCGUGUGUUUUUACUGAAUCACAUUUACUCAGAUGUUUGUUUAUCAUGAAUGUUGAUGAAGUGAUUAUUGAGAUGUUCCUGAACGCUUCAAUCGAAAAUAAUCAGAAGGUCAGAUUAUUGCUGUAUAUGCAUGAAUCAAACACAUUAAUAAUGAAAGCUGAGGAGUGGUAUCCCUAUUCAAAUAAUAACGCUACGGGUAAACGUUUAAGCUUUCAGAUUAUUAAAAACUGUUUUAGGUCUGUUUUCAAUCAGAAGUAGGAGCACCGAAUUAUUCUUUUCAUAUAAAAUAAAAACUGUGCCUCCACAAAAUGUUUCAAGAGACUAAAGAAAAAAUUGGUUUAACUGUUGUUUUGUUGGUAAUUUUCGCUUUGUAUUGCUGUUGUAUCCUUUUAUUUUUUCACUUAUUAGAAAAUGUACUGUAUUUAUUCAUGAGUCAACACUGCGUGCAUGAUAAUAAUUGUAAUCACAUUUUCCCAUGUACAACUUGUACAACUUUAAAUGUAAAAUCAAAGGAAACUGAUCAAAUGUAGGAAAUUGGAUUCAAAUACAUUGCAUCGUACUUUGCUU